CAUGUUUGACUUCCUCCAAGUGCUGUACGGUUCGGUAAUAGCCGUUUUCUCGGCCGCGGCCAUAAUGGCCAUUAACCAGAUGUUCGAGUUGUGUCCGCAAUGGUAUCCGUCAUGUAUGCGUCAACAGCCGUUGGCCACGACCUGUGCCAUCACUUCAGCCAAAGUUGUCUACAAAAGAUGGAAAUGGAGAAACUUUUUCAUCUCAUUUGUUCAUUCAAUGGUCACCGGAAUCGGGUCUCUUAUGUGUGCAUUAUAUAUGCCGUCACUUUUGGUGGAUGUAAUCGAUUGCUAUCUGGAAGGGGCUUAUAUACUCACUUCAAUAUCACUGGGCUACUUUGUCUAUGACCUGAUUGAGAUGAUCACUCAUUUGCAAUACAAGGGGACCAAAGAGCUACUUGUGCACCAUAUUCUGAUAAUCUCGUGUUUCCUAUUAACGGUCACGCAAUACAAGUACUGCGGUUACGCUACUAUUGCACUGCUUAUUGAGAUAAGCAAUAUAUUUCUACACUUCCGGCAAUUGCUUCUCCUAUCGGACACUCCCAAGUCAUCACUUGUCUAUAAAGUCAAUUGUUAUACAAAUCUAGUCCUAUUCAUCAUAGUUCGGGUGGCAUGUCUUGCAUGGCUCUGGACUACCCUAAUAUGGGUACUGCCGAAAGUGCCAAUCAUUGCCAAAACAAUUGCUUUUACUUCAUUGAUCGGCAUCUGUACCAUGACUUACGUCUUGUUCGUCCGAAUCUAUCAGUCGGACUUCGGGGCCGAUAAUCGCCGCGACUUACAGAGAAACGGCAUCAAUAAUGAGUCGGCCAACGCUGGUGCUGAACAGGCACUACUCGGUGGCGGCGGCCGUAAAAGUGGCCAAACACUGGAACAAAGUAAUGGAUUCUCAAAGUCGACGAAUGAAAAAAAUUCUUAACAAACAAACCAAACAAAAAAAAACGAAGAAAUUAUUGUUAUGUGUGUUGUUGUUGUCGUUGUUGUGGCCAACCAUUCAAACU